AGCAUCUUUGUAAGAGAAGGGAAAAGCGGGAACAGAGAAAGCAGAGGGUUUGGUUUCUCUUUGCACCUUCACUGCUCUGCUCCUCACCUUUGUCUAGAGAGAGAAAGAGAAGGGACCGACCCAGUGGAGUGUGAGUGAGUCUCACAUAUAUAAAUAGUGGAGAUAGCGUGUGAGAAAUGCAGCAGCACCUGAUGCAGAUGCAGCCCAUGAUGGCAGCUUAUUACCCCAACAACGUCACCACUGAUCACAUUCAACAGUACCUGGAUGAGAACAAGUCCUUGAUUCUGAAGAUUGUUGAAAGCCAGAAUUCCGGCAAGCUGAGCGAGUGUGCGGAAAACCAGUCAAGGCUGCAGAGAAAUCUCAUGUACUUAGCUGCAAUUGCUGAUUCUCAACCCCAACCUACUCCCAUACCUGGCCAGUAUCCUCCUAGUGGAAUUAUGCAGCAGGGAGCACACUACAUGCAGGCCCAACAGGCUCAGCAGAUGACACAACAACAACUAAUGGCUUCACGCUCCUCUCUUUUGUAUGCCCAACAGCCUUUCUCAGUGCUUCAACAGCAGCAAGGCUUGCACAGCCAACUUGGCAUGAGUUCCAGUGGAAGUCCAGGGCUUCACAUGUUGCAAAGUGAACCCACUAAUGUGGGAGGCAAUGCAACCAUUGGUACUGGAGGCUUUCCUGAGUUUAUACGCGCCUCUACCGGGGAUGGUUUGCAGGGUAGGGGACUCAUUAGUAGUGGCAAGCAAGAUAUUGGAAGUUCGGGGGAAGGCCGAGGAGGUAGCUCUAGUGGCCACUCUGGUGAAGCUGGUGAAACCCUCUACCUGAAAUCUGCUGCUGAUGGGAACUAGCCAGGGAGAAUGGUAAAAGUCCCUGCCCUUUAGCAAUUUAGUUAGGUGAAUUAGGCAAUGAAUAUUAAGUUUGGGGGGGGGGGUGUUUAAAAAUUGGAAAAACUUUGUUCUUAGAAAUCUUGCUUGUUUAUCUUAUGCUAAAGGCAAACAAUCUAAUCAUUGUCUUAACGUUUCUGCUGUAGUACUAGUAACGUGAUGCAUGUUUUAUUUUCUUGUGUAAAAUUUUGGUCAUAAAUGUCAAGGUCAGAAGUUCAUC